AUGUCUGCCCAGGAGCUCGUGGCCUGCCUCUGUCGAAAGGGGGACCAGCACCUGGCCUUGGGGGAGCCUCCCCUGGCCACCGCCUUCUACCUGGCUGCAUUCAGCUGCCACGCCCCCUCAGCUGUGCGGAGUGUGCAAGCUGCCCUGGCAGAGGCUCGGGGAGCACCUGUGGUGGCCACCCUGGAGGCCUGGUGCCGUGGGGACAGCCAGAUCCCCACCAUCCAUUGGGAUGGGAUGGCGGUGGUCUCCCUGACAGGGACCCUGGCCUCUGCCUUCCUCGGGGCCCUCUGCCCAGACCACCCUGCUGCUGUGCUGCACCUGCUGGCGGGGCUGCUGGCCCGCGGGCACCAUGAGGAAGUGGCACAGCGCUGUGAUGCCCUGAUGGGUGCCCACUCCCAGCAACUCCUGGCACUGCGCCUGACCCGCGCCCUGGCCUGGGUGCUCUCCGGGGUGCAAGUGGCUGACAGCGUGGCUGACUACCUCCAGACCUUUGUCUCCUGCCCUGACCAGACUGUGGCCUUCAUCCACACCCACCAACAGCCCUACCUCCCGCUGCUGGUCUGCACCCUUCAGGACUUCCUCUCAGGGCACGCUGAGGCCGGGGACAGUGCCAGACAGCAGGAGAGCAAUAGCCGGCGACUCCUGGAGGCCCUGGACCCCGGGGGCACCUGGAGUGACGCUUUGUCACCCGAAGCUCUGCUGCACCGUGGCAGGUAUGAGGACUGCCUGGCAGCGUGCAGCCGAGUCCUUGAAUCUCACCCCACCAGCAGCAGACCCCAAGGUGAGCGCCUGGCUGCCCUGCUGGUCACCCGAGCAGCCGCAGCCUUCUUCCUGGACGGCCGGUCCCAGGACAUGCUUCGGGAUCUGAACGAGGCCUUCCGCGAGAGCCCCUCCGGGGCGCGGAGGCGGUUCCAGGCGAUGCUGUCCUCCCAGGACCAGGAGCGCGUGCGGACCCAGGCGCAGGAGGCCGCAGACCUGGGCUUCGCCCUCUUCCAGGAGGCUGUGCGGAACCGUCCUGAGCUCCGCGAGGACGCGGGCCGUGAACUGCUGUCCCCGGUGACCUGCGCGCUCCGCGUCCUGCUCCGCCUGGCACCUGCCGGGGUGCGACCCGCGCUGAGCGUCCGCCUGGCUGAGUGCCUGCUGCUGGCCGGGGACGCGGCGGGAGCCCGAGCACUGUGCGAGCGCCUGCUGCGGCCCGCGCGCCCAGGAGACCGUGCGGGUGACUGCGCCGCAGACCGCGCGCCCCUGCUGGCGCUUCGCGGUUUCUGCGCGCUGCACGCCGGCGACGUGCGGUGCGCCCAGGAGGACUUCCAGGCGGUGGUGGAGCAGGAGGCGCCGCACCCGGACGGCUGCGUGCGCGCGCUGUGUGGGCGCGGGCUGUUGCGGGUGCUGGCCGGCAGCGCCUUCCUGGGCACGCUGGACUAUGUCACUGCGUGCAGGCUGCGACCCGAGGAGGCGCUCCUGGCCGCCAAGGCCUAUGUGCCCUGGAACCAGCGCGGGCUGCUGCACACCGUGCUUCGGGAGGAGGCCCGCAAAAUGCUGCAGCGCAGACCGGAGCCGGGGACCGCGGGCGCCCCGGGCCGUCGCCCCGGGGCAGCGCAGGAAGGAGACGCCCAUGGUGUGUACCAGCUGGCCAUGCUGCUGAUGGAGUUAGACGCUGAGGAUGAGGCCUCGCGCCUCCUGGCAGCAGAUGCCCUAUAUCUCCUGGGCCGCCUGCAUGAUGCCCACAAGUCCCUGUUGGUGGCCCUCUCCCGGAGGCCUCAGGCAGCUCCUGUGCUGGCACGGCUGGCCCUGCUGCAGCUAAGAAGAGGCUUCUUCUACGAUGCCAACCAGCUGGUAAAGAAGGUGGUCCAGUCUGGGGACACAGCCUGCCUCCAGCCCACCCUGGACAUCUUCCACCAGGAGGACCGGCAGCUGCUGCAAGGCCACUGCCACUCUCGGGCCCUGGCCAUCCUGAGGACACGGCCAGGUAUAGCCGACUGCAAGGCCCACACCAGAGAGGCCAUUGCCUACCUCUCUCUGGCCAUCUUUGCUGCAGGGAGCCAGGCAAGCGAGUCCUUGCUCACCCGAGCCCGCUGUUACGGGUUCCUGGGCCAGAAGAAGACUGCCAUGUUUGACUUCAACUCCGUGCUGCGGGCUGAGCCAGACAAUGUGCAGGCCCUGUGUGGACGGGCACUUGUGCACCUGGCCCUUGACCAGCCACAGGACGCCGUGGAUGAUGUAGCCUCUGCUCUGAAGUUAAGCCCAGUGACUGUGGUCCCUGAGAUCUGCUCUCUGAAGCCAGAAGCCCAGGCUCUCAUCACACAGGGCCUCUACACCCACUGCCGAGCCCUCUUGAGCCAGUUGCUGGACGCCAGGGUCCCCCUUGGAGACAAGGACACCCAGGGCCUCCUUGCCAUGGGGGAGGCAUUGAUCAAGAUCGAUGCUGGGCAGCCAAGCUGGCACAUGCUCCUCACGGACAUCCUCACUGCACAGGGCAGCUACGAGGAGGCUGAAACCCAUCUGCAUAAAGCCCUGCACCCCACCUCACUGUCAGAAGCUGCCCAGGCCCGGCUGGGCCUGCUCCGGCUUAAGAAGGGAGACGUGCCUGCUGCUACUCAGGGCCUGCAGUGCCUGGCCGAGACUGACACCUGGGACCUCAGCUUCCUGCUGCGUCUCCUGGAGGCCUCUGAGCGGCAAAGCCUCACCCAGGCUGCAACUCAGGAAGCCAGCUCUCUCCUGGAUGCAGGGCAACCCAAGCAGGCACUGGGCUACUGCUCCUUGGCUGUCCUGGCCGGUGGCAGCCACGCUUGUCACCUGCGUCUGAGGGCUUCCUGCCUAGCUGAGCUGCAGCAGUUUGACCGGGCACUCAGGGACCUGGACUGCGUGCUCCAGGAGGGUUUGGGGGACAGUGACCUCCCAAGGCGGGCAGAGGAUUUCUGCUCCCGUGGUCGCUUACUGCUGAGCCUGGGGGACGAGGCAGGGGCUGCAGGGGCCUUCACCGAAGCCCUGAAGCUGGCGCCCACCUUGGCCCAGAGCAGUCUGUGGGAGCAACCAGGCCAGGCCACCAUUGCACACCUGUUCCUGUGUCGCGGGCAGUGCUACCUGGAAGAGCGACGCUUUGCAGAGGCCUGGACAGCAGCUGAGAGUGGCCUCCUGGUGGACCCCAGCCAUGGUGGCCUAAAGAGGCUGAAGGCCAGAAUCCGGAGGGAGACAUCCUGGGGCUGCUGGCUCCACUGACUGGCAGCCCAACCCUCUCCCCGUGGGUUCUCUUGGUCCCACCUGGGGUUCAGACUUUGAAGAAGUAGCCCUAGGUCUUGUCCUUGGUUUGAGAUGCUGCAGGUUGGAUGAGAUAAGGCUGGCUCUUCAUGGCCCUGGGGAGAUGGUGCCAGCCCAGGACCAGAAUGCCUCUCCUUGGGCAUGAAACUGCCUGUGACUGGGAACCUGGCCUGGAUGCAGGGUGGGAAGAGGCCCUGCUAGAACUUGGGCCUCCACAAAGACGAUACUCUCAAGUGGGGACCCAGUUCAUGGAAACCGUGGUACUGAGCCUCCCAAGUGUUUUCAAGAAGGUCCUUUCCAGAGAGCCUGUACCUGAACCUGUCACCCACUGCCCUGAGAGGGUCCUCCAGGACAGGAGGGGGCUCACGAGCUGAGUAAAUUGUGCUUCUGGGGAACCUGAGGACAGUUUGUUCUACAUAGAGUAAUCCUACACCCUUGUACUUGGGGUCCCUCUCCUGGCUGGGGCAGAGGAGUCCCUCCCUGUCCUCACCUAAAGGA